UUUGUGAAAUGGUACUGUUGGCGCCACUGUGCAUCUCUACCAGAAUACAUACCCCGUGGGAUAGUCCCAAUUUUCGACUUGAAACUGAUGGUAAACCCAGAUGAGCUACCAUUGUUUGUUGUCCCAACAACAGAGCAUGAGGUCUUUUUUGGAGCAACAAAAUUAGGGAUUCAUGUGAUAGAAGUCCAACACCUCCUGUCAAUCAUAUCGUUGGAAGUCCACGCAGACGUCACAACGUCAACCAGAUCUAGAUAUUUUCGCGUUACAGUGAGCUCAAAUAUAGCAAAUGAAUUACAGGGGCAAGGUAGCCAUGAAAAAGGGUCCACAAUUAUAAUUUGGAAUGCAAGGAACAUCCACCGCCCAUCGUUUGCAGAAAAUUUCCGCAAAUUACAUGAAAGAUUUUCGCUAAUGCUAGUUGUAAUGAUAGAGGCUAGGUCUAAGUGGCCCUUUCUUGAAACAGUAAAGAAGGAUGUGGGGCUAAAUUACAUGUUUGAAUCGAUUAGCCCACCAUCAGGUGUAGGAGGAGUGGCACUUGCGUGGGAUGAUCGUGUGGAGCCAUAUUUCUUGCACAGGCAAGCUUUAUUGUACGGCCACGUACUCAGCGUUAAUACAAUCCCAAGCUUUAAAGUAAGUCGUGGAGCACCGUUAGUGAUUCCAGAAGGAAAGCACUACCUAGCGGAAUCGGAUUGUAGUGACGAUGAACUAUACGAUGUCAUGGCGGCGUGGUACACAAAUUCGGGGUUGGACGAGGACCCAUCUAUCCACGACUGGUUAUUUUAAAUAAUUCGUUGCUAAGUAGCUUUUCUAAGUUUUAGAUUAGUUGGUAAUUUGUUGGUAAUUUGCACUCCCUAAUAUCACCCACUAGAUUUGUUGGUAACUCCAAAGUAGUCAAGCAACUUAAGUUAUGUGUGUUAAGCUACUAAUAUGUU